AUGGAUGGAAAUCAACUUGUAGUAACUUGUUCGAUUUCACAGAAUAAAAAUUCGUUUAUACCUACCUACGCCCUUAUUGAUACCGGAGCAUCAGGAUAUGCUUUUAUUGAUGAAUCCUUUGCACGCCACAACAAUCUUACAAUGACCCCCCUUAAAAUACCUCGCCAUGUAGACGUUAUAGACGGAAGGCCUAUUAAGUCAGGAAAAAUUACCCAUAUUGUCGAUGUCUCGCUAGACAUUCAUGGUCAUCGGGAAACGGCGCCAUGUUUUGUAACGAAGUUAGGACACUAUCCGAUUGUGAUGGGGAUACCUUGGAUGCGACGACAUGAUGUUACGAUUCGACCAAAAGAAAAUCUACUUGUUUUUGACUCUCGAAGCUGUUGUCAACACUGUUCACUCAGUGGAACUGCAGUUAUUGUUCAUGGUAUCUCGAUCCCCUUACCGGAACACCAUACAGUCAUCGUUUCAGCAACCGAGAAAUCCACUAUCGAUAUCGAACAAUUAGUACCGAAAGAAUUUCACCAUCGUCUUCACAUGUUCAAAGAAUAUGAUGCUUCAAUUCUCCCACCACAUCGACCAUCCCAUGACAUCGAGAUAGUAUUAGAGGAAGACAAACGACCACCAUAUGGACCUAUAUAUGGAUUAUCUCAAAUUGAGUUAAAAGCACUACGAGAAUAUCUUGAUGAAAAUUUACCCAAGGGAUUUAUUCGAGCCAGUGAAUCACCAGCAGGAGCACCCAUACUGUUUGUGAAGAAAAGCGAUGGAACCCUUCGACUUUGUGUUGACUAUCGAGGCCUAAAUGCGAUUACAAUCAAAAAUCGAUAUCCAUUACCAUUGUUGAAAGAAACCCUGGCUAAAUUGUCAAGAGCACAAUACUAUACUAAGUUGGAUUUACGAUGGGGAUAUAAUCAAAUCAGGAUAGCGGAGGGAGAUGAAUGGAAAACAGCAUUCCGGACUCGAUAUGGACAUUUCGAAUAUACAGUAAUGCCGUUUGGAUUAGCUAAUGCCCCUGCCACAUUUCAGCAUUGGAUCAAUGAUAUUCUACGUCCCUACCUCGAUCAAUUCGUAACAGCAUACUUAGACGAUAUCCUUAUCUAUUCCGAGACCCUAUCAGAACAUAAAGAACAUAUUCAGAAGGUUCUAAAGGUACUUGAUGAAAAUCAUGUUCACCUUAAACCUGAAAAAUGUGAAUUUAUGGUUCAGGAAACAAAAUAG